AUGGACAACGAUACUACUUUUCCUGCUCUGUUCGGUGGUGAAAUAAUUGUGAGUAAAUACGAAGGUUAUGAACGUUCUCAAAUGAAGAAAGCAAUUGUUAUUCUUACUAAUGUUCGACUCUUGAUUCGUUGGGAAGAGAUGCUUAGCAGUUAUUUUCGUCGCUACUCUUACUCUUCAAUCAUACUCGAUUCAAUCGAUCGUAUCGACGAAGCGCGUCAGAAUGAAAAUCUACCAAUUCUGGCCAUAUUGACAUUACUUACUGGACUAAUUUCCGAUAUAUUCGGAUUUACUUACGUACUCGAAUACAUUCAGCCAACAAGUACUGCACUUGUCAUUAUUGGUGUGAUUAUGUUCGUCUUUUUAUGGUACUGUCGUAAAAAACAAUGUAUUACAAUGAAAGGCACUUUUGGUCUGGAAACUAUUGUAUUUGAAAAGGCAAUCGCUGGAGAAUUUUUCAAUCAAUUGAGUGAAAUGAUUCUUCAAAGAAGAACUCAAUGUUCUAUGAAGCAAAAAAAUGAAUAUAAUGGACCCUGA